ACGUUGAAGCAGCCAUGCAUACUGGAAUUGCAAUUCUGCUCUUUGUAUUUGCAGCUUUUUUUGCUGCUUUUUGUUUAUUGGUAGUUGUCCCAGUGUACUUAGAGCUGAGAAAUUUAAAUAUCCCUUCUGGAGUUGCUAGUCCUGGGAAACUACGCGUGAUUCAUUGUGUGUAUGUGGGGAUAAGCAUUGUGGGACAAAUUCUGGGGCGAUUGGGGCUGUGCCAUCAGAUUAAUUUUAUGCGAUGGAGCAGAUGCUGUAUCAUGGCCCGCAAAAAAACAGUGCCCUCUGGGCUUCGUAUUAAGGACUUGGCCUUCAGUGGAGUUCCAGUGAGGGUGUAUGAGCCUACAGCUGCCUCAGGAGAGAAAAAAAGGGGCCUGGUGUACUUUCAUGGUGGUGGAUGGAUGUUUGGCUGCAUUGAUGAUUACAAUGAAGUGUGUCAGUAUAUAUCACUGGAGAGUGACACCAUAGUUGUGUCUGUUGGUUACCGUCUGGCCCCCGAGCACAGGUACCCUGCCCACCUGGACGACUGUGAGGUCGUGACUCGCCAUUUCCUCUCAAUAGCGGCAACUGAUUUCGGUGUGGACCCACGCAGGGUGGCAGUUGGUGGGGACAGCGCAGGGGCGAACCUGGCAGCCGCUCUCUGCCAGAGGCUGUCGAAGACACAGGAUUGUCAUCUGCCAUCUCCCUGUGCCCAGGUUCUCAUCUACCCGGCACUGCAGAUGGCAGAUUUCCACCUGCCCUCAUACCAGCAGAACCACUCUGUGCCCAUAUUGUUCAGAGGCCGAGCGGUGUUCUAUUUCCUACAGUACCUCAACGGGAAUACUUCUGUGAGCCAGCAGAUUCUGGAAGGCAAGCAUGUUCCUGUCGAGCUAAAACGUCACUAUAAGAAAUGGCUGGAUCCAGAUAAUCUUCCACCUCAGUUUAGAAAAGGAGCAAGAAGUUCGCAGGUUAUCCCAAGCCAUGAUGGUCAUGUCUAUCACAUCAUCAAACAGGGGCUGGAUCCAGAGAUCUCCCCUUUACUAGCUGAGGAUGAGGUUCUCCGCCUCGCGCCGCCCACCUUCGUCUUGACCUGUGAGUUUGAUGUGCUGAGGGAUGAUGGCAUUUUGUUCUGUAAGCGACUGAAGGAUGCAGAAGUGGAAGUCACGUGGGAGCAUCUAUCUGAUGGCUUCCACGGGAUCAUCAGUUUCUUCAACCAGGGCUGGUUGACAUUUCAAUCUUCUCAAAAGGGUAUGGACAGAAUUGUAAGAUAUGUAAGGACUCUCUGACUGAGAAGUCAAAAGAUUUGUCAGAAUGACAAGGAAUAUAGCCUGUAAGAGUUUUUCUUUUCUUUUUUUUUUGUGAGAAAUGGGAAUGAACAAAAACACUUUCCCAUUUGUUUUCUCCAUAGAGAAAUGUAAAAAAGUAACAAACCGUUAAAGAAGAGUUACGAGGUUGUUAAAGCUAGGGUAGGCAAUUUUUUUCCAGAAACAUUUUCUGUUAUACUGGUUGAAAGUAUUUUCACAGCCUGAUGGCAACCAAUAAUUAAAGUGCUCCAAAAAAAUAAAUAUUUGAAGACUUGCCAAAAUACACAGAGACAGGCAACCAGGUAAAACAAGAGCGAUGAUUUUACAAAAUGGAGGAAUUUGAUAGAAUGUUUGAAUUUCAAUUGAUAAAAUUAACUUAGAGUUUCUUCUCAACAGAUAAUCUAAACUUUAAGUUAAAAGUACUGAUAUGUUGAACAUUUGAUUGAAAUUAGCCUGCUUUUACCUGCCAUUUUAUAGAUCCAUAAUCCAUAAUGUUUAUGAUGUUUGAGAUGGGGGAGGUGUUGCAUGCGAAAGGGGCUUUUGCAAAGGUAGUUUGAAAACAUGCUUUCUUUUUGCAGUUCCGGUAUAUGGCACUAGCAGCACAGAAACUGCCUACCCUAGCUUUAAUCGAUGGCAUAAGCCCACAUCAUUUCAACUUGUGACCCAAUACCUAUAAAAUAUUAAUCAACCAGAGAAUGACAAUUGUUUUAAAUAUUUCUGUGCUUAAUAUGC